AGGCCUCACCUCCUGCUGUAUCCUGCCGCCGGGACCUCUGCUGCUGCUGCCACCACUCCUGCAACCAGGCCCGCCGCCACUGUUCCUGAGGGCACCCCCGCUGGACCAGGGAGAGAGCCAACCAUGCCAGUAGCAGAAGACCAGAUUCAAAUUCCAUCAGAACUACCAGAAAUGUUAAAGCAGUUCACAAUAGAUGCCAUUAACACACAACCGCCAGACCUAUUGGAGUGGUCUUACAAGUAUUUCAAUGCUUUGAAGAAUGGGGAAAAAUUACCAAAUGAAGAGAGUAAAAAAAGACACAGUAUUUCUAAAUGGGUAGUGCUCACUCCAGAAAUUCUAAAGGAAUUGCACAGAAAAUUAGGUGGAAGAUUGAUCAUAACAUCCAGUGAACUAAAAGUACUAUGGAAUCAUCUAAAUUUAUCACCGGACCUGUACAGCAGCAUAAUGCUUGUAGGAAGCUUGUUCGAACCAAUUGAAUGGUUAAAAUUUUUAGCCCUGGCAUGUAGCGCUCUUGGAGUGACAAUUGCUAAAACCCUGAAACUUGUAUGUGAGGUCUUGUCAGAUGGAGCAAGUGGACCUCCUCGUAUUACUUUCAGCACAUUCCAGUUCCUUUACAGCUUUCUAGCAGCAGUAGAUGGUGAAGUGUCAGAGCAGCAGGUGCAUCAAAUGCUGAAUUAUUUAGAACACCACGUGAUUGGACCAGAUGGGACGAUUAAUAUAUCUGAAUUCACUGAGAAUCCAAAUGUGAUGUUGGAAUAAUGACUGAAGAUGGGUUUCCUGGAAAAAGCUGAAUCUAGUAGGAGUACAUUAAAAUACCAGCAUCAAUGACCCUUGUUCUUCAUCUUUAACAAAAUAAAAACUGCAUGUUAAAAAUAAACAUACUGUAUUACAGAAGGCUUUCAUAAAAGUAAAAUGGACAGCCUGUUCACAGCUUUAAAAACAGUCGUUCACUUCCCGGACCACUCCCGUCAUGAAUAUGCAAAUGUAUUCACUCUCAUGUCACUAGGACGUGAACGCCUGCCAGGUGCGGUGAAGCGGUAGCGUCUGCACUCUUCUCCAAGAGCAGAGCACUCAACUCUGGCAAGCUAGUGAAGACAUUUAAAUAUUAAUAACAGGGAGGG